AUGACAGAAGAGAAUGCCAAGCAGCAAAUAAUACUAACGAAUAGCCACCAUGUCUCGACCCUCCUCAUAAGGCAUGUGCAUCGUAAGGUGGGUCACCAAGGGCAUAACCAUGUUCUAGCUGAGUUGCGCCAGAAAUACUGGAUAGUUGGUGCAGGUGUACUUAUCAAGGCUGUGAUCAGGAAGUGUAUUGUAUGCAGGAAAUACCAGGCUAAAACAAGCACGCAGAAGAUGGCGGAUCUUCCCAGUUGCAGAAUAGAAGCAUGUGAACCACCGUUCACACACACUGGAAUGGACUAUUUUGGACCCUUUGAGAUAAAGCAUGGUCGCAGCGUCAAGAAAAGGUAUGGAGUUGUGUUUACGUGCAUGUCCUGCAGAGCAGUCCAUAUAGAGGUAGCUGGAAGCCUUGACACAAGUUCUUGUAUAAAUGCCAUGCGUCGAUUUGUGAGUCGGAGAGGACCAGUUAAAGCACUGUAUUCUGACAAUGGAACCAACUUCGUAGGGGCUUGCAGUGAGCUAAAACAGGCCCUUAAGGAAUGGCGAAAAGAGGAAAUCAUGCAUUUCACUGCAGUUCCCGGAAUACAGUGGAACUUCAAUCCUCCGGCAGCUUCACACUAUGGAGGAGUUUGGGAAAGACAGAUUAGAACAAUUCGAAAAAUUCUCCAUGCCGUGCUUCAUGAGCAGCAUCUGAAAAGCAGCCAAAGUGACGAGCAGCUACAAACGCUGAUGUGUGAAAUCGAGGCUAUAAUAAACAGCAGGCCACUAACGAGAGCAUCAGAAGAUCCGAAUGAUCUGAACAUUAUAACCCCAAAUCACUUGCUGCAGUUCAAGACAACGUCAUCGCCACCUCCUGGGCGGUUCACAGACAAGGACUUGUACUCCAGUAAACGUUGGAGACAAAUGCAAUAUCUUGCAGAUAUCUUCUGGAAAAGGUGGGUACGUGAGUACCUUCCUGCCUUGCAGCAACGGCAGAAGUGGUUGCAGCCUCAGCGCAGUCUGAAAGUUGGUGACAUAGUCCUGAUUGCUGACCAGAAUGCUCCCCGAUGUUCCUGGCCGAUGGCUCGAGUGGAGGACGUGUAUCCAGACAGCCGAGGAUUGGUGCGCAGUGCCCGACUGAAGACGAAGAUGACAACAUUAACCAGACCGGUGACUAAAAUGUGUUUGUUAUUGGAGGCAGAAUAAGCACAAGUGGAAAUCUGACACAAAGCGAAUGUGAUAUUUUGUUGCUGAAAUUUUUUGAUGGAUCAUUUCGCAAGUAUCGGCAUGAAUUUAAUUUCUCAACCAGCAGGAUCAACAAUAUUCAUCGCGUUGGACGGAUCAGUUGGAAUUAUUUCAUGAAUAUAGGUUAAUUUAAUUGUAAGAUACGGGGUGCACGACUUGCUCUGCCCCAGUAAAUGAAUCUGGUAUUGAUACCAAAUUCAUAAUAUGCG